UUCAAUAACACUACACCUCCCUCAUCAAAGGUGGGUAUAAUCGUCAUUUAAUAAAUCCCAAAUUUUCAUUGCCGAUCAAAACACAGAGAAAGGGGGGGGGGGGAACGCUUUCGACCUCCAUGGCCAUGUACGAACUUUCCCACUCUUCGAUUUAGAGCUUUCAAUCAAAAUUACGUAAAUAAAAAGCCAAAUUUCGUAUCCCUAAUUUAAAGAAAAGUUUUAAUUAUUUGCUUAAAAAAAAGUAUAGCCUCCGCCAUCGAAUCUUGUUUGUGAUUCAUUGAAGAUAGGUUGUUUUUGGUCCUUAAGAGUUUAAAUCAGCCUUUAUGUGCUGUUGUACGGCAAAUUUGUCAUGCACCACUUUAUUUAUUGGCCUUGUAAGAUUGUGGAUUUUCAAAACCUGAUGCAAUGGCAACGUCUAGCAAGUUUGAUCUGCCUUCUGAUAGCCCAGAUAGGCCACUGUACACUAGUGGGCAGCGUGGAGCCCACUUAGCUGCUCAAUUAGACAGAUCAGGUAGCUUUCGUGAGACCUUGGAUAAUCAAAUUCAAUCUUCUCUGGCAAGUAUGUCGAGGAGCACUUCCUUAGUAGCCCAAGGAGACGUAUCCAACUUCUUCCAGUGCUUGCGCUUUGAUCCCAAGGUGGUUGCUGCUGAUCAUAAGUCUAGUCGCCAAGGAGACUUUAAGCGGCACAUUAAUGUUGCUCUUGGCAUUUCUGCUGAUGAAGCUCCAACUCUGUUGUCAAAAGGCAAGCUGCUGCCUUCUCCCAUACCUGAGGAAAUCAAACGAGUUAAGACUGGUCUACGUGAUUGCUCUGUCAAAGCGAGGGAGCGCAUGAAAACUUUCAAUGAAGCCUUAUCAGUCUUCAACAAGUUUUUCCCAACCAUUCCAUCUAAGAAGAGAUCUCGAUCAGAAAGCUUUAGUAGUGACCGGUCUAAUGCUUUGCUAUCUAGUGAUCGGUCAGUCUUGGGGCCAAGCAUUGGUAAGAUGGGAAUACAUAAUCAUUCCAUUGCUGGAGGUUUUGAAUUUGAACAGCAGAAGUCAGAAGAAAGGCCUAAAAGUGCUUUUCCUAAUAAACGUACUCGAACUUCUCUGCUGGAUGUUAGGAAUAAUUCUCUAGUCAGGCAGCCUGGUAAUGCAGAUAGGGAUAGGGAAAUGCUCAGAAUUCCAAAUAGUGCUGCAGUUCAGGGUGAAGAUCGAACUUUAGCUGGUGCUGUUGAUGGAUGGGAAAAGGCAAAGAUGAAGAAAAAACGAUCUGGGAUAAAACCUGAUGUAUCUCCAAGUAUGGUAUCAACUAAACCCAUCGAAGGUUACCGGGAACCUAAACAGGGAAUACAACAAAGACCUGUUUCUGAUGCUCGAUCAAGAUUAAAUAAUGACUCCCAUGAGUUCAGGUCAGGAAUUUCUAAUGGAUCUGCUGGAGUUGGAAAAUCAGAAGGUAUCUCGCUGCCGACAGGCUUGGGUCCACGAUCAUCUGUCUCUAGGACUGAUCUGGAUAACAGUUCCCUUCGCAAUGAUAAGAGAGAUCGUCCUGUUGCUUCUGAUAAAGAGAGAGUGAAUCUAAGAGCUGUUAACAAGAUGAGUGUUCGCGAUGAGUUUAAUUCAGCUAGUCCUACUUCAAACAUCAAAAUGAAUGCAUCUAUUCGUGGUCCACGAUCAGGUUCUGGAGUUGCCCCAAAGUUGUCACCAGUUGUUCAUAGAACGGCAUCAAAUGACUGGGAGCUUUCUCACUGUACAAAUAAACCACCCACUGCUGGUGGAGUGAAUAAUCGCAAGCGCACAAUAUCAACUCAGUCUUCAUCACCACCUGUUGCUCACUGGGCCAGUCAGAGACCACAGAAGAGCUCCCGAAGUGCUAGACGAACAAAUCUUGUUCCUGUUCUUUCAAAUAAUGAUGAAACUCCAUUACUGGAUACAGUAUCUGAUAUGCCUGGAAACGAAAUUGGUUCAGGAUAUUCUAGACGCUUGUCAAGCGGUUCUCCCCAACAAGUUAAACUAAAAGGUGAUGCCUUAUCUUCAGCUGCUCUUUCUGAGAGUGAGGAGUCUGGGGCUGCUGAAAUUAAAUGUAAAGGGAAGGUGACAAAGUUUGAUGAAAUAGAUGAGAAAGCUGGACAGAAUGUUCAAAAAGUUUCAAAUUUGAUCCUUCCAUCAAGAAAGAAUAAGCUGAUAAAUGGAGAAGACAUUGGCGAUGGUGUGCGUCGACAAGGGAGGACUGGGCGGGGUAUUACUACUACAAGAUCUCUUAUGCCAAUGACGGUUGAGAAGUACGGAAAUGUGGGAACAGCUAAACAGCUCAGAAGUGCUAGGCUUGGCUUGGAUAAGGCUGAGAGCAAGGCUGGUCGUCCUCCAACUAGGAAGCUCACUGACCGCAAGCCCUAUGCUCGCCAGAAGCAUGCAGCAAUCAAUGCAGCUGCAGAUCUUCUUGUUGGUUUGGAGGAUGGACAUGAAGAAUUGGUGGCUGCUGUAAACGCUCUUACUAGUUCUGCUCGUGCCUUUCCGAAUACCUUUUGGAGGCAGAUGGAGCCUUUUCUUGGUUUCAUAUCUGAUGCAGAUAUUGCCUAUUUGAAGCAGCAGGGAAAUUAUGAACUUAACAAAUUGGGAUCAACACCAGUUCCUUCUAUUACAGAUGGUUGUAGUAUCCCCAUCAAUGGGUUUGAAUUGCUUGAACAUGAAAGAGAUGUUGGAAUUUGUGCUGUAGCAUCAGUUGAUGAAGUUUAUUCACAACAGUUGCUCCUGGAUACAAGGGACAAUAAUAUGAUUCCCCUUUGUCAAAGGUUUCUAUCAGCUUUAAUUCCAGAAGAAGAUAUUGACAGUGGAAAUGAAGACCUCCCAUUUGAUAGUUAUGAAACUGGAUUUGAGAUGGAUGGAGAAUUGGGAUGCAAUGGUUUGACUUGUAUUAACUUCCAAUCUACUGGGCAUGCUUCUUUCGAUGGUUAUAGGAUAACUGAGAAGCCAGAACAUGAUGAUCCUGAAAUUGAUAUGUUGGGAAACAUAGGAACUAACUCAAAUUUUAGUCAUUCCCGGAAUGGCAGUUUCCCAGACCAACAGAUGCCCGGCAUGGUUUGUUCAGAACUCCAGUAUGAGAGUAUGACAACAAAUGAGAAACUCAUUUUGGAGGCUCAGAGUAUUGGAAUCUUCUUAGAACCACUGCCUGACAUAGCACAGAUGGGGGAUGUUGAGAUUCUUGAGGACAUUAGUAAGCUAGAGGAGAAGCACAAGGAACAGGUUUCAAAAAAGAAAGGCGUACUUGAUAAACUGUUGAAAGCGGCCUUGGAAACAAGAACAAUUCAGGAGAAGGAAUUUGAACAAUGUGCUCUUGACAAACUUGUCACGAUGGCUUAUGAAAAGUACAUGACUUGUUGGGGUCCUAAUGCUACUAAGAGUUCCAGCAACAAAAUGAUCAAGCAAGCUUCCUUGGCAUUUGUUAAACGGACAUUAGAUCGAUGUCAUAAAUUUGAAGAUACAAGCAGGAGCUGUUUUGAUGAGCCCAUGCUUAGAGACAUGUUUCUUUCUGGGUCUUCCCACCUAAAUGGUGUGCAGUCAGUAGAUUCGCCUACAGAUACUGAAUCUGGAAAGCCAUGCACCAAAAGUUCAACCCGCUUUCUGGAAGCUAGAGCUUCAGGUCAAAAUGGGGAUAGCUAUGCUGUUAAUUCUUCUGAUCUGCUUCUACCCACAAAUCGGUCAUCCGAUCAAACUACUGUUAAAGAUGACUCAUGGUCUAACAGGGGGAAAAGGAGAGAGUUAUUGCUGGAGGAUGUGGUUGGUGGUACUUCUAGUGCCCAGCCAGUCAUUGGAAGUUCUUUGUCAAGUAGUACAAAAGGAAAGAGGAGUGAGAGAGAUAGAGAAGGAAACGGACAUGGUAGAGAGGUUUUAUCUAGAAAUGGAACUAAUAAGAUUGGUCGACCAGUAUCCAAUGCAAAGGGGGAAAGGAAAUCAAAAACAAAGCCUAAGCAGAAAACAACUCAGCUAUCUGCUUCUGUAAAUGGCCUUCUUGGCAAGAUGUCAGAACCCAAAACAUCAACUUCUGUCUCAAAGUCAAGUGAGAUAACUGCAAAUAAUAAUGCCAAAGAUAAAGAUGAGUUUGCCCUGGAUGUAUUGGAUGACUUACAAUUACCAGGACAAGAUCUGGGUUCAUGGUUGAACAUUGACGAUGAUGGUUUACAAGAUCAUGACUUCAUGGGCCUUGAAAUCCCCAUGGAUGAUCUUUCCGACUUGAAUAUGAUGGUUUGAGUUGCUUUCUUUGUAUAGUCUUGUUCAUUAUACAGUUAAAACAAAAGCAUAAUCUCUGUCAUCAAGAAAUGACGGUACAUGGAUAGUUCUUUGGCUGUCCGGUCCCCAAUUAGGUUACGAUAGAUUCUUUGUAGACUCAUCCACAAGUUGACUUUUGAGUGAACCAUUUGGACGUUUUGAAUUUUUCUCGCAAGUUGGUGACUUCGGCUGUAAAGAUCUUUUUUUGUUCCUACAAGUUUGCAUGUCUUAGCAAUUAUAUCUUAGUAAACACUGUAUCCUGGCUGUAGCGUUUACAAAUCUGAGAGCAAUGUACAUACAUUUAUAUUCCGAAUAAAAUUAGUUUUUGUUCUGUGUAA